AUGUCUCAGGUGGAGAAGAAGGCUGGUCUGCUGAGAAGGACUUCGUCCUCCAAGAAACCGCUAAAGGAGAAAGUAGUUUUGAUGUAUGAUGAAAUCUUCACAAAGGAUGACCCAGCUAAGAAUAACCCUCGCUUCUGGGAUGAGCUGUUUCUGAUGAAGGUAAACCUGGAGUACCUGGAGUCGAAGUUGGAGACUGUAGAUGGCGAAGAGGUACAACGGAUACAAGACAACAUCAACACACUCUUUCAUCACAGCGUUCAGGCUCUUGGAGAGGAGCAUCAGAUCAAAGUUGUCAAUGCUUUGCAGACAUUAUGUGCGCUUUUCAGAGGAGUUCAUCAAAAGAACAAGUCUGCAUCUGGCUUUGACAUCAUUAAUAUGCUUGUGGGCUUUGACAAGGCUGAGCAAAGAAUGAAGGACUUAAUGGAAAGACUGGACAGCCUCCUUUGUGGUGAUGGCUCAGAGAGUCUUAAGAGUCUUUGUCUUAAACUUCUGCUUUGUCUUGUGACGGUAACAGAUAAUAUUAGCCAGAACACAAUCUUGGAAUAUGUGAUGAUCAACAGCAUCUUUGAAGCCAUACUACAGAUUCUUUCGGAUGGUUCCAGUAGAGGGCAGCAUGGUUAUGAUGCUGUUGUUCUUCUCGCCCUUCUGGUCAACUACAGGAAAUAUGAGUCUGUAAAUCCAUAUAUUGUGAAACUCUCCAUCGUUGAUGAUGAGCCAACACUGGAUGGAAUGGGCCUUGUUGUCCACCAUGCUUUAACAGAAUACAACAGGCAGUACAAAGACAAAGAGGAAGAACACCAAGGAGGGUUCUUCUCCACCCUCACUAGUAUGGUGGGGAGCAUGUUUAUAGCAGAUGCAGAUGAAAAGCUUUCUGUUCAGACCAAUGAAGCAAUUUUGCUUGCACUGUACGAGGCCGUUCACCUUAACCGCAACUUCAUUACUGUAUUAGCACAGAGCCAUCCUGAGAUAGACAUUGCAGCAACGCCAGCCAACCAAACUCCGACCACACCAACAACGCCCCUUGGCACAACGCCACCUUCUCUUGACAUGAUGAACAACCCCGAGCUCCCACUGGAUCCCAAUCUUCAGACAAGCAAUCUUCUCAUUACCUUCCUCAAAUAUGCCUCUAUUGUAAUGCAGGAUACUAAAGAUGAGCAUCGACUCAACAGCGCCAGACUGUGCCUCAUCAUUCUCACAUGUAUAGCUGAGGACCAAUAUGCUGAUGCCUUCCUGCAUGAUGACAAUAUGAACUUCAGAGUCAGUCUACACAAAAUGCCUAUGAGGCACAGAAAGAAAGGCGUGGAGAAGAACAUCCCUUGUCUACCACUGGUCUGUGCAGUUCUAGAUCUGAUGGUAGAAUUUGUUGUCACACACAUGAUGAAGGAUUUCCCAAUGGAUUUGUACUUGCGCUGUGUUCAGAUAAUUCACAAACUUCUAUGUUACCAGAAGAAGUGCAGAAUCAGGUUACACUACACCUGGAGGGAGCUAUGGUCAGCGCUCAUAAACCUGCUGAAGUUCCUACUGUCAAAUGAAACCACGCUGCUGCCCAAGCACAACAUCUUUCAUCUGGCACUACUGGUGGUAAACCUGUUCAACAUGUUCAUCACAUAUGGUGACACAUUUCUGCCCACGUCUAACAGCUAUGAUGAGCUCUACUAUGAAAUUGUACGAAUGCACCAAGUAUUUGACAACCUCUACUGUAUGGUGCUAAGAGUGUCAACAAACACUGGGCAGUGGAAGGAGCCCGCGAGUAAAGUCACACAUGCCCUUGUUAAUGUUCGGGCCAUCAUCAACCAUUUUAACCCGAAGAUUGAGUCAUAUGCUGCAGUGAACCACAUCUCACAACUUUCAGAGGAGCAGGUGUUGGAGGUGGUGCGCUCAAACUAUGACACGCUGACGCUCAAACUGCAGGAUGGUUUGGACCAGUUUGAGAGAUACUCAGAGCAGCCCAAAGAGGCGGCUUUCUUUAAGGAGCUGGUGCGCUCCAUCAGCCUGAAUGUGAGGAAAAACGUGUCUUUGAACACUUUGAGUCAGGAUGUGCUUCUCAAAGAGUUCUCAACCAUCUCCUGA